AUGAGAUUCAACGUUCUUGCUUUGUUGCCGUUUUUGGCAUUGGCUUCUGCAAAGUCUCAAGUGCAUGAUGGGAGCUUUACACCGGAUUAUGUGCUCGAGGCAACCCUGGAUGACAUCAAAGUCAAUUGCAUGUCAAGGUCUUCGGUGGUUUUCAAUGGCACUUCUCCCGGCCCGACUCUGUACCUCAAGGAGGAGCAGACCACCUGGAUCAGAGUAUACAAUCGAGUACCAGACAACAAUGUCACAGUACACUGGCAUGGCCUGAGCCAACGAGCCGCACCUUUCUCCGACGGUACUCCUCUUGUCAGCCAAUGGCCCAUUCCAGCGAAUCAAUUCUUCGACUACGAGAUUCGUCCCGAGCGCGGAGAUGCAGGAUCAUAUUUCUAUCAUUCCCACGUCGGUUUCCAAAGCCUAACAGCUCAUGGCGCCUUGAUUGUCUGGGAUGCCGAUAAACCAGAAUAUGACUACGAUGAAGAUGUGUCGCUCCUUGUGGGUGACAACUAUGUAGCAGAAGACGAAACAAUCGAGGCUGGACUUCUCGCAGACCCCUUCAAAUGGUCUGGUGAACCACAAUCUAUCACGCUGCAGGGAAAGAGCGGUAACAAAAGCUCUGACGAUGCACCGGAUCUCAGCUGCACGCCACACAUCAUUCAUGUCGAUCCUGGUAAAACCUACCGUCUUCGCUUCAUUAGCGCAACUGCUCUAUCGUUGAUCAAGCUUGGAGUCGAGGACCACGACAACUUCACUGUCAUCGAAGCUGACGGCUCAUAUACCAAACCUGCAGCUAUCGAUCAUGUGCAGGUCUCUUCAGGUCAACGCUUCAGCUACCUCCUGACGACAAAGUCCAAAGACGAAGUUUGCGAUGGAGAGAAGUCGCAAUUCUGGGUUCGAUAUGAGAGUCGUGACCGACCAAAAGUGAUACCCGGUUACGCCUUGCUCAAGUAUCGAUGCAACGAUGAAGUUGCUUUACCGAAAGCCCUCCCCUCCUCGUCGCCUGUCGAGUUAUCUAACAAGACCUACGACUAUCUUGAGUAUACCCUCGAAGGAUUGUCUGAAAAGAACAACCGAGCAUUCCCUCGCUUGUCGGAGGUCACGAGAACUGUUACUAUCCAGAUCAAUCAGAUCCUGACCACUGGUCAGUACGAGAACGGAACAUUGAACGGAACAGUAGCCUGGGCUCAAAACGGACUUCCGUGGAAGGAAAGUGUCCAGGCUGAACAUAACCAGGUCCCGUAUCUCAUCCAGGUAUACGAGACUGGCAAGACUCCCAACUACACGUUAGCCUUGGAGCACAACGGUUUCGACCCUGAGACGAAAGCCUUCCCAGCCAAGGUCGGUGAGGUUCUUGAUAUUGUAUGGGAGAACAACAAUGGACCUACCGGCGGCUGGGAUUUCCAUCCCAUGCAUGUCCAUGGCUAUCACGUCUACGAUCUAGGUUCUGGCAACGGCACCUACGACGCGCAAAAGAACGAAGAGCAUUUCAAGAACUUCACACCCGUUCUGCGAGACACCACGAACCUCUACCGAUACGCCGUCAAAGGCGUUCCACACAACACUGCAGGUUGGCGCGCGUGGAGAAUCCGAAUCACCGAGGAUAAUAUCGGAGCUUGGAUGAUGCACUGCCACGUUGCCCAGCAUCAGGUCAUGGGUAUGGCUACUGUCUGGGUGUUUGGUGAUGCUGAAGAUAUUCGCGGCAAGUUCCCAGCCGUACCGUAUACGCAGGGGUACUUGAACUAUGGUGGUAGCGCUUAUGGCAGUGAGGACACGGAGCCUGUGGUGAACCAUUAUUACGCCUCUAAGGAUGAUUGA